GCUAAAAGAAGAAAGUAUGAAGGAAGUUUAGCUGAACUAUAUCAAACAUGCAAGUUUAUUCAUGACAUUUGUGUUGGUAAAGCAGAGAAAAGGUUACAAAUCUCAUGAUUUUAUCACUUCUAGAUAUUGUUAUUCCAUACUGUCAUCAAAAACCGUAAUUAUGUUUGUCAAAAUGUGUUAGUGUAUUAUAACAAUAGCCUUGCAGAAAACUAUAUAAUCUAACAAUUUCUCCUCGCAACCUCUCUUGCUAUACCAACCUCCUACUGGACUACUAUUUUGUGCGCAAACAAAGCAGAAAGAUGAAUGCCUGCAUAUUAUUGACAACUCUUGUUACUAUGAUAACAAUAGAGAAGGUUCAAGGUCAAAGUUAUCAUUUUAGCAAUGGAUGGAAUCCAGGAAAAAGAUCAAUGCAAGAACCGGUGUGCCAUUUUAGACAGGAUGUCCAAACGCUAGUUUUAAAACUGAUUGAGGAUGAAGUAUAUAGAAUGUUGUCGGAUCCAAGCUGCAUCGGUGGCGUACCAACACUAAGAAAUUUUCUAAAGAAAGACCUUGCCUAUACAGUUCCAUUAGAUGAUAAAAAGUGAAGACAAAAAAUGCUGACACUCACAUGAUCAAUGCCAACAAAAUCGUAACAUCGAAAAUAUUAAUUUCUCAAAAGACAGUUUUAUAACAUCUUAAGAUUCAUUUGACAUUGAUUAACUAACUAUUUUACCAGCAUGAACACUAAAACAUGGAUACAAUGAAAAGGUUAUUUGUUUAAUUAAUUACAUUUUUUUGUAAAAAAAAGUCUUACCAAAUGUAUGUUAAUAUGUAAUGGCAGUACUUAUUACCUUAUUGUCAUUGUGAUUUACUAAACAGAAACUUGAUUCAUCAAAAACAUAUAAGCACUUUGCAUCAGUUAGUCAAAAGAGAAUUAUCAUGAAAUUCUUCAAAGU